AUGACCUACUCGCCGCCCGAACUCUACACCUUCCAUCCCAACCAAUUCGAAUUUCUCUCUUCCCAACCCGGCUCUCCGGUCCAAUUUCCGGCCCAUCAAACCCUACCCCCAACCCCAAAACAAUCCUCAUUACAGUACCACUCGGCCCUGGCCAAAACCCUCCGGGCCCGCAUCCACUCCCUGGCCCAUUUUGACGCCCGCGCCCAGGGCCAACAAAUUAGCCUGGCCCCGCCCACCAAUUUUGUCGUUGACCCGAACACCCCGAAUUUGGACUUGUACCUGGCUAAACAAGCCGAAGCCGCCAAACCCAGCUCCAUCUCCCCGCCCCCACAAUCCGUCGUUGAGUCCACGGAAUUUUCUGAGGACUCGGAGCCCGAGGACCCGUCGCCAUUGCAUACUGUACUCCCCGAAUACGCGGUCCGGCAUGGCGAGAAGCAGCUGGGCGGGGAACACCACAAGUCGCUGCAUAUGAUCGCACUCCUCGCGAGAAACCACUGCGAGAUCCCGCUGCAUCAGAUUGAGCCCCUCCUCCAACGGAAUAUCCGACUUCUGGUGGCCUUGAUGAAAGAUGACCCAGAGCAAUACCCGGUGUGGCACGACAUGAACGAGCAGUACAUCGACAUUAUCCAGGGUUGCGAUUCACUUGUUGGAUAUAUUCGGGCAAUCGCCGAGUGGCUGCCACUCCGGAGCAAGAAUGCGAAUAUCCGGCGCCAAGAACUGCACCCAGAAGUUGCCGCCAUCGUCUACCUGGCCCGUUUCCACCACCAUACCCCCGGGGAGUACCUCAAUUUCCCGAUUGAUGCCGAGAACCCGCACAUUGCCCAUAUUCAGGAUCUGUGCAACAAGAUUUAUCGCGAGGGCUCUAAAAUGCCGGCGAUGGAUCGCUUCUUCACCGACAUCCUCUACCGUAUGCAGCAGCUGGGCCAACAGGCCAACAACCUUGUCAACAUGGUCGGAAGCUAUGGGCAGCUAACCACGUUGUAU